AUUGAAUGAAAUCAAACAGAGGAUCUAAAAGAUACAAAGAGAAGAAAUUGAGAGAGAUUGAGAGAGAAUUGUUUACUCUGUUUAACACUCAUUACUUUACUUGUUUUAGUAAAGAUUAGAUUGAUCGAUUCGUGCUCUGUGCAAAAUCAUAAUUAUAUCGGGAAAAAACUCAAAAAGUUUUCUGGGUUUUGUCUGUUUUUGUAAAUCAACAAGAUUUGGAUGAAGAGAGAAGGAGGGGAGGAGAUUUGAAGAUGAUGAGAUGAAGAAGAAAUCGAAAUGGGGCAGUUAUCUGUAUGGAGAGGAGGGAAGAUAUUAGGAGGAGGAGGAUGUUUUUCAUCAUCAUAUAAGAAAACUACAAUUAUUAUUUGUUCAAUUAACUUGGUUGCUGCUCUGUAUAUUAUCCAUUCUCUUUAUUACAUCUACACUUCCAGUAGCAACAACAAUAACGACAAUGCUUUAUCCCCCUACUUCACUGGUAAGUAUACAGAAGAUCAGAUUAAGAGAAUGGAAGAAUCAAUUCGGAUAAGAGAAGCAGCUCAACCAUUAGACCUUAUUAAACUGGUGAAGGGAAUCAAGAAGGAAUUAUCUAGAGGGAAAAGGGGAGUUAAAUUAUCAAAGCCUGUGAAACAAAAAAUAGCUGAUGAGCUUCUCCAAAGGUUGAAAGGAUUGAAUAAAACUGCGUCUUUGAGCGAACAAAGAGAAGCACUUGAGAUAUGGCGUACGGAAAAACUAGAAGAAACCAAUAAGUUCCAACUUGGAAAAGAAAACUCAAGUUCACCAUCUUCAGCGAAAGAUGCCACUAAGCUGAAAAAAGCCUUGGAGUCUGAUUGGAACAUGCUCUUGGAGGAUCUUGGUGUUUGGUUUCCAGCUGAAAUCAUGCACAAAGAACACGAUGACAGACCUGAAGAAGAACCUGAAGACAAUAUAAUAGCUGGCCGUCCGCUUCCACCACAAUGCAAUGCUGAGUUGCAUACUGAUUAUGGCGGUGCUGCUGUGAAAUGGGGCCUUACACAUCAUAAAGAAACUGCUGCUGACUGUUGCCAGGCUUGCUUAGAUCAAGCUAAAAAUGCAAGAGAAGGUGAAAUGAAAUGUAAUAUAUGGGUUUAUUGCCCGUCCGAGCAUGGCUGCCACUCACCAGAUAUUUAUGAACACAAAUUCCAGGAAUGCUGGCUGAAACAGGCAGAUGUUCCUAAAGUCACUUUCCAUUGGAAGUACACAGAAUCGUACAGACGUUCCCAUUCAACAGCACCUGUAUUUGUUCCUUGGCUAUCUGGUGUUACCAGCACAUGAUCAAGGCGAGCUUAAAAUUUUGAUGACAAUGGGCCUUCAGUCUCAAGUAUACAUCUCUACAAUCAGAGUGAUAUACGCACUAGAGAGAUUUGAUGACAAUGGGCCUUCAGUCUCAAGUAUACAUCUCUACAAUCAGAGUGAUAUACGCACUAGAGAGAUCGACGCAUUUUAAUGAAUCAUUAACCAUCGAAAUCCUCCUACACUGUCAAUUAGGUAAUUUACUUGGAAUUUGUGCUUAUAUAUAUAUAUAUAUUCCAAGUCCUUACUGUAAACGCCACGGAGAUGUUUGAUCAGUGGAUGGAUGUGUAGUUUGUGAGACAGAGUAAUUAUGAUGCAAAGCGUCAAUAGUUUAAUCACAUUUUUUGGUAAAUGAUAGGGGUAUACAACAUCAACAGAGUAUGAUUUUUUUUA